CCGUUUCUUGGGUUUUGCGUUCUUCGCGGCGGCUCGGCCCCCCACGGUCCGGCGAUGGAUUCGAGCAGGAGGGCGGUGGAAUCGUACUGGAGGUCGCGGAUUAUCGAUGCCGCCACCUCCAACGAGGACAAGGUCGCGCCCGUCUACAAAUUGGAGGAAAUCUGCGAGCUCUUGCGGUCCUCUCACGCCAGCAUCGUCAAGGAGGUGUCGGAGUUCGUGCUCAAGCGGCUCGAUCACAAGAGCCCCAUCGUCAAGCAGAAGGCUCUUAGGUUGAUCAAGUAUGCUGUUGGAAAGUCUGGUGUGGAGUUUCGGAGGGAAAUGCAAAGACAGUCUGUGGCUGUUCGGCAGUUGAUUCAUUACAAGGGUCAGCCAGAUCCUUUGAAGGGGGAUGCUUUGAAUAAAGCUGUGCGUGACAUGGCUCAGGAGGCUCUAGCUGCCAUCUUCAGUGAACAGGAAAAUAAACCAGCUCCAGCUGAAAGUGUCAACAGAAGAAUAGAAGGAUUUGGGAAUACAAGAAUAGAAGGAUUUGGGAGUACAAAUUUUGCAAUGCCGUCAGAAGAUAAAAAAUCAUUUCUUAGUGAGGUAGUUGGCUUAGGGAGUGCUUCUAUUAAGCAGGGACUCAGUAGCUUCACUCAAAGUCACUCGUUCGGAAGGAAUGACAGUGGAAGCUACAAGAGUCCCAACCUCCAUAGGUCUUUGACAAUAGAAAGCGGUGACUCUAAUGUGUAUGAACCAGUUCGAAUUCAUGGUGAAAACUCAAUUACUUUUGGGAUAUCAAAUAGUCAGCCCGGCGGAUCCUCAAAGUUAGAUUCAAGAGGAGCAAAAACAGAACUAGCGACUGGAGAUUCCAGUUCAAAUCAUACAGAGAAGACACGUGAGGAACGCUUGCUGGACACCAUUGUGACAUCAGGUGGAGUACGUCUACAACCAACUCGAGAUGCCAUUCAAGCAUUCCUUGUGGAGGCUGCAAAGUUGGAUGCAAUGGCUUUAAGCUGGGCCCUUGAAUCAAAGCUGCAGUCCCCACAGUGGCAGGUCCGAAUGAAGGCUCUCUGUGUGCUAGAUUCAAUUUUAAGGAAAAAGAAUGAUGAGCACUUCUCGGUUAUAGCAUCUUAUUUUUGUGAGAAUGUUGAUGUUCUGGUGAGAUGUUCCGAGUCUCCGCAAGCUUCAUUGAGAGAUAAAUCUAUGAAGGUCUUAGGCCUUCUGGAUAGAGAACAGACCCUUGGUACCGGAGCUGAUUCACAAAAAUUUGUUAAAUCUGAGACAGAUAAUGUUAUUCAGAUGCCUGACCUGAUAGACACGGGUGAUGCCGAUGAAUCUGGUGGGGUAAAUGACUACUCAGGGAAGCAAAGUGAGCAGAAGGCUGGCAAUCUGACAUCACAUACAGGACCUCUUAUUGAUAAUUUGCUUGGAGAUGACAUGGGCUCUGGUGGGAACGCAAGUGAUAUAAAAACUAACAAUGAUCCUUUUGCUGAUGUUUUGUUCCAUUCUGUUAAGGGUGGUGAACCUGCAGACGACAUUUUUGCUGGUAUGACUGUUAGUGAUAAGAAUGAUGUUAAAGGAGAUCCUACGAAGGCAAAUAGAUAUGGAUCUGAGUUGAUUGAUAUUUUUCAACCCAGUUCCGGAGAUUCUCAAGGAAACGAAAAUCCUACAGAUCGUGUCAAUGAUAUAAUGGCUGGCUUGUCCAUUAAUGGUAAUGACUCCAAUAUUCAGGAGAAUGCAGCCAUAUCCGGGGCAACUUUGCUAGAUGUUAUGUCAGUAAGUGAGAGAUAUCCUGCUCAUCAAUCUUCUAAUGGUGCAGUAAGCAAUGUGCUUAAUUACCAAAACACAGGAAUGGGUGGAAGUGCCAUGUUUCCUUUUAACGGCAUGCCAAAUAAUGUACCUCCAGGCAUGUUGUUCAAUAUGCCGUCUCAGUCCUUAGGUUACAGCAACAUGGCAAAUAUGUUUGUUGCUCAGCAGCAAUAUCUGGCAACCAUGUCAAACUUGCAACACCUAGGAAACCUCAAUUCUCAGAAUGGUGGUAUUACUUAUGUUGCUGGAGAUAAAGGUAGUCAUCCGUCUCCUUUUCCCGAUGUAUUCCAGCCAAACUUUCUGAAUCAGGCUCCAACUUCGGUGGUGAACAAUUCCAAGAAAGAGGAAACCAGAGCAUUUGAUUUCAUCUCUGACCAUCUUGCAGCUUCUCGUGAUCCAAAGAGGGUGGUUUAGAUCUUUUCAGCUCAUGAUUUACUUUUUAUGUGGGAUAUAACCAUAGCAAGUCUACACAAACAAAGAAACAGAUGUUUGGUCUGAAGAUGGUUCCUGGAAUAAACAUUGGGCGGGAAAAGCGGACGCCAUCAUCUAUCAAAGCUGCAGCUCAUUGAUAAGUGUAAUUUUCAUGCUCGUGAUUGUAAAGACCAGAUUGGAGAGUGGAUGUGGAUCUGUCAGUUUCCAAAGCUGUAAAGCGGCUAAUAAUUGCAGCUUCAUUUAUGCGGCAUACUUAGCGAGUGAAUUGUUUUAUUUAUCUCCUUCACUUCGGCUUUCUUUUUUGCCUUCUAUUCUUGUCGUCUCUAUACUUUUUCUCUUCAUUUUCGUAUUCUUGUAUCUUCACCAGAAUUGCGGUAUAGAUGUAAUUUGAGUAUGGCAGUCAAUAAAGACAUCUUCUCAUCCUUGAUU